AUGCCAGACAAGCUAUCACUCCUAGUGCACGAAGUGGAGCGCUUGAUCACGGCCCCAUAUGCGCCUUCGCUCCAAAACCUUCAUGAGAUUAUUCAGAAUGACUCUCAUGGUUUGGUUAAUGCCUGGGCUACCCAUAAACCGUGCCAAAUUGGAGCUUUGGUUGAUGUCCUUUUCGACGGACUGUCUCGGUCUCGCUUCGCUGUGCCUUUGCUGAAUGCUUUUGUAUCGGUAUCGGCUGUUUCCAAUGCUCUGCUGGAACGGUAUCCCGCUGUACUCGACCAGUUCCUGGAGAAGGCCCUGGAAAAUGAUGAUCCUGAGUCGAUGGCGCUUUGCAUUGCCAUUCUUUCUACUCCUCUUCCCCAAAACUUCAUUGCUCCAGCUCGUCUGGCCAUGUUCAUUAUGAGGUUGAUAAAUGAAAUGGGAGAGAAUCCAUGCUCAGAAACCAUAUUUCCACUCUAUCAAGUCAUGACCGGCUUGCAACCAGUUCCCGGAGUAUUACUUGAGAUACCCCCGGAGACAAUGUCGGGACUGCAGGUAGAGCUCACUAAGACGUUGCGGAAUCUCGACGAUCACAUGGGCAAUCUCCUCUGUCUCGCUACCUUUGCCCGGAUCUCAUCUUCUUGGGACGUUAUUGCCGAAAGAGAACACGGACCACAAUUUCCAUCUUGGCUGCAGAAUGUCAAGCAUUUUUUCGGCCAGAAGCGUGGUUUAAAAACUCUGGACCUCGUUAUCUUGCGCGUGAUCCUCGCAUGCUCCGCUAGUUGCAACAACCUGCCAGCAAAGAAGGCAGCCGAGAGCAUCCGAUUAGCGAUCGAGAUCUGUGACAGCGUAGAGCAGGGCCUGAAGGACUGCUGGAUUGCGAACAACGCUCCCAAGAUUGCCAAGCUUUGCGAGAAAGUCAACAGGAAUGGUAUUGACUGGGAAGUGCAAAUGAUGGGUGUGACAUUCCUUACCUCACUUCUACCAGACACUGCGUUGUCACCUGAAAUACCUCGGCUUGCUUUGCAAGAGCUUCUGACCAAAGAAAGACACUUGCGCGAAGCUAUACCCCAGUAUCUUAUUCCACGUUUGGUGAAGGCAAAUGCUAUCCUCUCAGGAAAGCCUGCGAUUUGCGAUCUUAUGAAUCAUAUAUUCAUGACAUUGAAAACAAGAUGCCAUGACCAUAGUGCAGAUACGGAGUUAAUCGAGUUGUCGAGGUCGGUGCUUCUUGGUCUUCAGAGCCUGGAACCCCGAAUCUUCAGUUCAGCCAUGGCGACAUACGGUUUAGGAGAAGUCAGCCAGACCCUGAACGAAUUGAGUGAAAACUUUCCUAGGAAACCACGUCAUUCGCAAUGCCAGGGUGCCAAUCUCUGCUAUGCGUCGACUUCCAACUCUGAAAAUGAGCUAUUGUUCGACUUAAUUGUGUUUACUUCCCACAUGUCACUGUUGGGUGCAAUGGGUUUCGAGGCCAGCAACCCGACUGGAACCAGCAAUCUGACAAAGUGUUUACUGAAGGCGAAAAAGAUGAUUGCAGAAAACAAAUGUAGCUUCUCCGAAUCCGAACCACGGGAUUACCGAGUCAACUUCUCUUUGGCUGGGCUCCCCAAACGAGGUCCCACUCUGAGAGACGAUUGGAGGACGGGGAUAACAGAGACUCUCAUGCUCAACUCGCGCAUGACUCAUGACAAUUUAAUUCGAAAGAUGGAGGAGGUCUGCUUCGAUCUCGAACAGCGUUGCACUACCAUUGAAGCACCACUUCGAGCAGUUGAAGAUGAGCGUGAUCAGAUUGCUGUUGAGGCUGAACAACUUCGGCAACAGAAAAGUGAGCUAGAAGUGCAGCUACAGCAAGCUUCUAGCACAAUAUCUCAGCUGCAGCAAGAAAUUUCCCAUCUGGAAAAGCAUGCUCAGUCAACUUCUGCCCGCGUUGAGGAAUUAUCAGCAAGCCUUGACGCUGCGCGAAGGGAGCUGGAAGAUCAGCGUCGCAACUCCCAAGAAACCACGAAUAGUGAAAGAGAAAAAGCUCGAACAAGAGAACUAGAUUUUCUCGCUUCAAUCACCGAGAAAGAGGAUCAGAUCGAAGAGCUUCAGGAGGAAACACGGGAUUUGAAGGAAGAUAAUGACGCCUUGCGCCAAACGCUAGAUACUGUCUCGAAGGAGAAAGGCACUGCUUUGGAGCAUACAAUUGCCCUCAAACAAGACAUAGUAAGGCUGGAAGAAUGCGUUGAAGAGGGCAAGCUACUCCUUGCACAGAAAGAUGAAGAAAUAAGCAGAUUACAGGCAGACCAAGAACGCAUUAACUCGAACUCGGAAGCCUUACAAAAGAAGUUGGAUGAAGGGUCUGCUCAGGUUCAGGAACUCAAAGCCGCGCUCCAAAAUGCUGAGGAAACGCACGGAACUGAAGUUAACACGCUCAAAAAGCAAUAUGAGUUGCAGAUCUCGGAAAUAACUGUGGAGUACACUGAGAACAAAGAAGAGAUGAAGUCUCUGCAAGCCGCCAUGCAUGUAGCCGCUUCCAACGCCACAAAAGAAUUGCAAGCAAGAGAAAAACGAAUCCAGCACCUGGAGAGGAAGGUGCAACAACUACGCGAAGAACGGGCAGCCAAAGCACGCGAGUUUUCCGAGGCCCAGCAACAUAUUGGUCGUCUGAUGGGUGUGAUGGGCUUCAAGCCUGAACCGAAAGAGCCAAAGGCAGCAAGCAAACAACAACGCUCCAGGUCAACGCUAGGGCCAUCAAAAGUCGCCACAAUACAACAGCAAACGCCUCAACGGGAUGAAGAGACACAAAGCCAGUCCGAAAAUAUGCUUGCUGAUUCCUUUGCUUCCUCCACACCGCAGCCUGGACGACGAAGUCCUAAGAGAUCCAGAACUGCUGUUGCGGACCAGGAUCUGGGAGAGUCAGCUGGUCGAAGCCACGCGAGGCCGCGUCGCACAAGACAAGCCCUUGAAGAAGCAAACCGGAAUAGCCAGUCGAACUCGCAACAAAGCAACGCUUCACAGUGUACUCCAAAUGCGUCACUUCAGGGGACUCAGUACGGGCCCAACUUGGACGAAAACCGUCUCUACGACAUAGACCUCGACAUGGAUCUGGAGUUUUCGAAGGACUUCAUUUUCACCAGCACUUCCCUUUCCGAGGCGAAUGAUCAUAUACCCCCACUGCGGUCCCAGCAAUAA